AUGAAAGAUACAAUCUCCGACAAUAGCAGCGAUUACGGAUCCGACUUCACACCGGAUGAAGAAGAAAUCUUGAACGAACUACUCACCCAAGCCGUCACGGAACACGCGGCUCUCCACGCGACACCACCGCCCCAACCAUCGAUAACCACUCCAACCGCGAAGGAGACAAACCGCGCCAUAGGCGACAUCGAAGACUGCCAUGUCGCUCCAGCGAGUCCUCGGACGCCCAAGGUAUUGGGGAGGCAAAAGCCUGUAUGGCAGAUUUCGAGGACUUGGCGGAGUCCCGCUGCGGGGAGAGCAGGUCAGAUGGCGAGCAAUGGCGGCGCCGCGUUUGAGCAUCCGGAUUCUACUGAGGGCCGGACGAAGCAGCGCGAGAGGGAUAUAGCUCGUGAGAGAGAAUGGACUACCGGUGCUACGGAUCCUGCUGCAGAUGACCGGUCGCCGAUCGAGAGGUUUCGGAAACCGCCUAAUAAAGCGUUUUCGGUCACGGAUUUGAUUUCGCCGGCGUGGUGCGAGUUGCAGUAUUGGUAUACGUUGACUAAGUUUGGGAGGAAGAGGAGAACUGCAGCGAUGAAGAAGGGGACUACGAUACAUAAGACGUUAGAGGAUGAGAUUUAUAUGACGGUCCCGGUGGAGAUUACAACUAAAGAAGACGCGCUGGCGCUGAGGAUAUGGAAUAUCAUACAAGGGUUGCGGACAUUGAGGGAGUAUGGUAUGACUCGGGAGCUGGAGGUAUGGGGGCUGGUGGAUGGCGAGCUGGUGAAUGGAGUCAUUGAUCAGCUCUCCUACGAGUGUCCGGACCCAGAGCUUGAAGCGACGGCCGCGUCGUACUAUGCCGACGUGGAGGCGUCGAGGGCUGUGCUGCCCGAGUAUCAAAUGUCGCUUUCGGAUUACCUGUUGUCGCCAUCGCAGGGUGGCAAACGGCUCUCUGACCUUUCCUGGAAUGGCGAGGAAGAAGAAAGCCUAGAUGACUCCGGAAUCGGCAGUGAAUCUUCCUCAGAGGCUUUCAAUUUGCCCCGAAUAUACAUGACAGACAUCAAGACCCGAGCUAGUGCCUCCGUUCCCACUGUGAAGAGUUCGUCGUUCCGGCCGACACUGCUUCAACUUCAGAUGUAUUAUCAUAUGCUCAAUCGGCUUGCUACCAGUGACGAUGUGUCCAUCGAACUACUUGCCUCGCGCUAUGACCUGGAUCCCACGCGCCCGUUCACCGCCACCUUUAUAGCCGAAGUAGGCGGUCUCAAUGACCAAUUCUUCGAUACAUGCUCCUCGCCAGAGUCUGAAUCUGACUUCACUCUCACUCCGGAAGAUGCGGCUGGACAACGCGCAUCGCAAGGGGCGGACUCUACACCCCCUGGCAGCCAGGACUCGACCAGUAUUCUUCUUGCGCACAACGACCUGACCAGCCUCUGGAAGCUAAUGAAAGACCAACUCCGGCUCACCUUCCUCCCACCCGCUCAUUCGACACCAGUCUCUGUGGCACCCUCGAUCCCUUCUGAGUUUCAGCCGGGCUUACUUGAGCCUUAUCCGACCGUGCUAUCGCCUCUUCUUACCGCGCGAUACCUGUCAUCAGCCCCAACCACCGAUGCACAGUCGCGGGUGCUGGGCAGCCGGUCUUUUCUCUUUGACCCUACGACGAUGACAGCCUAUCUAUCUGAUCAGAUGGAAUGGUGGCGUGGCGAGCGUAACCCACGAGGUGUCGAAGUCAUGGAUGCGUGGAAAUGCCGGAUCUGUGAGUUCCGCGACGAGUGUUCCUGGCGUCAAGAGCGCGAAGUGGCUUUCACGAAGCGAAGGAGAAGAUCGUCUUCGCUGGCUGUCUAA